GUAGUUUUGUCAUUGAAGUUUAUCACUGACAUCGUCCGUUAACUCUGAGGCGAACGUACUACUACAAAAGAUCCCGGGUCACGAUGGUAUCACUGGUCAUUGAGCAUUUGCCCCUAGAAGUUCUAGAGGUACUUGUUACUUUUCUCUCGGCAAAAGAUUUAACCAAUUGCAUAGGAGUUAGUGUAACUUGGUAUAGAUUAUUUAGUGAUGAUUUAUUUUGGAAAAGACAUUGUAUAAGCUCAAAUCACUAUUUUUCAAAAACCAAGUGCCUCGUUGAGCCUGUUUUCCAACUAACAGACAAUGCAGUUUUGCCCAUUGAAGAAAACAGGCUUCGAUUCUUGCAAGAACAACACGUAUUCAACAAUUGGAGAUGUGGGCGCUUUCGGAAAGAAAUAAUAGAAUAUGAAUUGGAUGGAAGCAACUCCAUGUAUCCUAAUGAUUUAGAAUUUCUGGACAACGACCAUAUAUAUGAAGACAUGCAUACUUUACAUAAAAAUAGAACAUAUGAAGCUCGAGUUUGGAAUGUAGCUGAGACUCCAGUCCUAGUAUUGACUAUACCCUACUGUUUGUGUGAGUCGUGGCCAGCCAAAGUGUAUAAAAUAGUCAAUAGCAAUGUGAUAGUUGUCAUCCAAUGUAAUGUAGUACAAGUUUACAAAAUCUGCUUGGAUUCCAAAAACUGGGUUCUGAAUCAUGUCUUCUUUUUUGAUAAGCCGGAAGAGUUCUCUCGUAGUUUAACAGCUGAUAGCAAUGUUAAAAGUAUCUUUGACUCAACACGUGACAGAUCAAAUCGUUAUGAGUGUGUUGUUUGUGGACACUACUUUAUUGGAGCCUGUAUAAAUUCGGAAUCUCCUCUCUUGCACAUUUGGGACAUCAAGACGGGGGAAAAGGUUAAAGAAGACAGAUACGAAAUCGGACAUAUAGAAAGUAUAACUUUUAUUUGUAAUGAACGAGUCAGCACUGAUAAGGUCCUCGUAAACUACAAAUUAAAACAUGAAGAAUGGACCUCAAUUAUUUAUGAUACUUCACUGUUACAGUUUAUCCUGCCUAGUCGGUUUGUUCGCAAUGGACAUGUGUUGUAUUUCGGUGGUCAUUUGAGUGUCAUUGGUGGCAAACCCAUCAAGAUAGUACAUCAUAGUGAUGCAACGAAUCAGAAGAAAAAUAUGACUGAACUAAGCAAAUCUUUAGAUUUUGAUUAUGUGGAUUCUUCUACCGUUCUUCCCCUAGGCAGUAACCUAUUGAUAUCUACCGAGAAAGAAAUCUACCUUGUAAAUCCUGUCAAUUUAGAAACCCGUACCCUAAUUAGGACACAUUUAUGCUGGGUUGAUGUAUUGGCUAACAGAUUUAUUUUGUUGCAUGAUAUUCAUGAUAUUUCCCUUAAAGAAGUAUGGGAGAUUGGCAAAACAGAAUGCAAAAAAGUUUUGGAAUUUUCCUGGAAUUGUGAAACAGUUUACUCGGCUUCAAACAGCGUCUGUUCUAAAGUUGUUUUGGAGAAUUUUAACAGAAUUAUCGUAUUGCAUUUCUGGUAGGAAGUGAAAUAUGUGGUUAGGUUGUGGCAUGAUCUUGUAAAAAGUUAAUUGUAAAGAUCAGGUUUUAAUUAAUUAUUGAAG